UCUUAACGCGCGAAGCGAGUUAAUGAGAGGUUAUCUCAGGUCAGACUAGCUGGACAACAACAUAGCCCGCCAGCGGUACGUAACAGGUGUUUUACAAGGAAGGAGCCUGGUCAGGCGAAUUCCUUUGCCCUGGCGGAGAUAUGUUGCGAUGCCAAAUAUGGUAUUUUGUCGGACUUCACGAGGAGGCGUGGCCAAAAAAUGUUGCGUUGCGAAUUUUGGUAUUUUUCGGACAUUACAAGGAGGCGUGGCUAAAAAUGCUACGUCGCGUUAGCUGACGUGGUAAUUUCGGGAGGGGGCAAAAGCCAAUUUCUAACAAGUUAGCAUUCUUCUUCGUGGAGUCGAUUUGAAAGCAUCUUCCAUCUCAAUUCACCUGUCUUGUGCAACAUACUUCCUGUAUUUUUGUUAUUCGUUCGUUGAACUCUUUAGUUGUGAUCCUUCUAAUUGUCUUUCUUACCCAUUCAUAUAUCUUAAAGAACGCUUCGCAGUUGAGAAUUUAUUCUUUUAUCUAGGAACAUACCUGUAUAUUUGUGUUAUAUCCGUUUGUUGGACUUUUGAGCUGUUAGGAGUCACAGUUUGCUCUAAGGACUUUUCAAUUUCGCCACCCCUGCAUUAUUCAAUCAUGCCCAAGGUUAAGCCAGGCAAAAAGUUAAGUCAGAGGAAGUCUACUCGUCGUUCGGUCCGAGAUGCCGCCAGCCAGCCUUCUCCUGUCGACCUCGAGACAGACGUCGGCCAAGUUUUUACUUCUACGCAGAGUCCAGCUGCUGGAAGUUCGGCGUCGACAACCAACGAUGGACAGGUUUCGCAGGUUAGCACCAGGCGCAGAUCUGGCUGGCAGCAAGCUUCCCGCCCAUCUUUGGAGCAGCUUCAUAUAGAGAGAGAGCAUCUGUUGUUUUCUUCGCGGGCGCCCGGCACUCAUCAUACUUAUAGGAACGCUUGGUCUGUGUUUAAGCAGUUUCGGCUGCAAUAUCAUUAUGAUAUAAGUAUACGUCCUGACGUUGAGCAGGUCGCUCAAUUUAUUGCUUAUCUCUCCUGGAAUGGGUAUGCGGGGGCAACAAUAAGUACAUAUAUAUCAGGCCUGGCUUUUACGAUGCAAACAUUGGGUUGGCCUGAUGUGACUGACGCGUUUGUAAUCCGGCGGCUGGUAGACGGGUGCAGGCGGAAAAAUGCUCGCCGUGAUACCCGGUGUCCCAUAACCCUGCCUAUUCUCAAAUCCAUCCUAAAUUCAUUGACUCACGUAUGCGUUAAUACGUAUGAUCUGGCAUUGUUUCGGGCUGCCUUUCUAAUCGCUUUCUUUGGUUUUCUUCGAGUAGGGGAGUUCACGUCUCGAUCUAGACAUGAACCCGUUCCUUUAUCAGAAAAAGAUGUUAUUAUUCAAGGGAUGGGUAAUCAAGCAAAAUUGCGCAUUGUGAUUGCGAGGUCUAAAACAGAUCAAACUGGACGUGGAUGCUCGAUUUUAAUUCCACAGAAUGUUGUUUCGUAUUUAUGCCCACUUCGCGCUGUAAAUGAUUACCUCGCUCUGCGGAGCUCGGUCGGCUCUGCCUUUUUCCGUCACUUUGACUCGUCACCCCUAACGAGGCACCAAUUUGGCCAAGUUUUAAAGCGUGCCAUUAGUUUUUGCGGGCUACCCGUUGCUCAUUUCUCUUCCCAUUCUUUCCGUAUUGGGGCGGCAACUUCUGCAGCCAUGGCAGGUGUUCCCGAUGUUUGCAUUCAAAAUAUGGGGCGCUGGGCUUCCAACACACACAGAUUGUAUAUUCGACAACCUCUCCCCCCCUUAAUUUAAGCAAUUUUGCCAGUAUGUUUAUCACCCUUCUAUGUUUAAUACCAGUUUGUGCACAAUUUAAUAUCGACCUAAUGUUUAUUUGUUUUUGUUUUUUGACAACCCCUAACGAGCAGUAAAUAUUAACCUUACUCUCUCUCUCUCUCGCUUGUUGCCAUGGUGACGCAAUGGUUAUCUUACCCGUUAAUAGUUCCACGGGCGCAGGCAGAAUUGCUCGCCCACUGUUAGUAGAUUGUGGUCUUUGCUACACUUAUCGUGUUUAUGGUAACUAUGUACCCCCCCCCCUUUUUAGAAUGUACAAUUGGUGCCGCUGUUUCUUUCCUUUUCUCUCUUCCAUGUGCAGUUAUUUGGAGUCUCAACGUGGGUUGUGUCAGCAUUCCACGGAAUCGUAAGAGAGGAAGGGGACAAUUCACGUUUCGCUGACGCGGGCAGUCCCGCUCUAGUUGGGGGCGGGCCCUCACUACUCGGCACGUGGCCGGGUCCUAAAACUCAAUACAUCCGCGAACAGGAGAACACUUGAUUUCUUUGUCGCGGAGCGAAAUCACUAGAUUAACAGCUGUUUUACCUCCGUCGAGGACUCGCUGGCUCGGACGUCGCGAACAGUUGGAACUUUUUUAUGAGCAGAUGUUAUGACCUGAAUACCUUAUCCAGAACUCACACGUGGUAUCAUCAGAUCUCACGUCUUUACUACAAACUUCACUAUUUACUGACUAAGCCCCGCCCCCCCCCCGCCUCUCCUUUAUCUUAGUGCACUAGACUCUUCGCAAGUGGACUGAAUGAGCAUGAAUCCUCCUAGAUGGUUUAAUUGUGCGUCCCUGUUCGUUUAAUGCACCCCCCCCCCCUUUUCCCCGCUUCUUAGCGUGGACCUUGUAAAUACAGCAUGGUUUGAACUAUUGGCAUCAUAUUGUGUUGUGGCGGCGGGCUGACGAUGAGUCAUCCCGUUUGGCGGCAUUCCAUUUUUUGCCACAACACAUUAUGAUUCUUCACUUAUUUUGGGCUUCCUGAGAUAAUAUUUUUCAUUUAUUUAGACCAAUUUCGUAUAUUCCACUCCUCAUGUUAUAAUGUGAACGGGGCUUGGUUCGUCACCCGAUUUGGAUGAGGCCACCAGCGAAUUCCAUUUCGGACCGAACAUUAACGUUGCCUCGUUCACAUUCUAGUUCAGGGCCGUUGGUGGGGCUUCUGAGCACUAGUUUCUGUUUUAAAAGUUUUCCUGCAUAAGCUCGUGUUGCAAACGGGAAUCUUUGCUUCGUAGCUUUGCAGAUGGAAUUUUACGUUGCCCACAUUUGGCCAACAUGACAAACUGGUGUCUUUGUCAUGAAUGUGGAUGGACUGUUUUAAUUGUCAAUUGAGGAGAUUGGUUUAAUAACUUUAAUUUUUCGCAUAUGACACAUCUCAGGAGGCUUUACGUUUAUAUUAUUAUGUUUUGAUUGUUGCAUUAUAUUAUGUUGGCUUUAUUUGACAACACACCAUUUUGCAUUUUGGUAUACAUCAUUUGGAUGAUGCUUUUCAGAAACAAUUUUUAUUAAACUCCACGGAAAAUGCAUUUACUCGCCUCUCGUGUAUUUUGUCUGGGUUGAGAUAAUACCUCUUAACGCGCGAAGCGAGUUAAUGAGAGGUUAUCUCAGGUCAGACUAGCUGGACAACAACAUAGCCCGCCAGCGGUACGUAACAGGUGUUUUACAAGGAAGGAGCCUGGUCAGGCGAAUUCCUUUGCCCUGGCGGAGAUAUGUUGCGAUGCCAAAUAUGGUAUUUUGUCGGACUUCACGAGGAGGCGUGGCCAAAAAAUGUUGCGUUGCGAAUUUUGGUAUUUUUCGGACAUUACAAGGAGGCGUGGCUAAAAAUGCUACGUCGCGUUAGCUGACGUGGUAAUUUCGGGAGGGGGCAAAAGCCAAUUUCUAACAAGUUAGCAUUCUUCUUCGUGGAGUCGAUUUGAAAGCAUCUUCCAUCUCAAUUCACCUGUCUUGUGCAACAUACUUCCUGUAUUUUUCCCUCCUCCAUCCCCUUGUCACCCCCACUAAUUUUCAACGUCAAGAUGUUUUGUUUCAUGUUAUUCAUUCUAACCUGAAUGUGAGCUUCGGGCCUUAAGCCUGGUCGCACACCCAAAGUGGGCCGCAAGGUAAUUCCAUCCAACCUGUUCACCUAAUUUUGGAUACCUUUUUGUAUUUUACUUUGGUUUACCAGUUUAGUUAAUUUAUCAUCAGGUGUUCAGGGGGGUGUUUUCGCCCUUGCUGGAGCUCGGCCUUUUCCUAUCACAUUAUGAUUCUUCACUUAUUUUGGGCUUCCUGAGAUAAUAUUUUUCAUUUAUUUAGACCAAUUUCGUAGAUUCCACUCCUCAUGUUAUAAUGUGAACGGGGCUUGGUUCGUCACCCGAUUUGGAUGAGGCCACCAGCGAAUUCCAUUUCGGACCGAACAUUAACGUUGCCUCGUUCACAUUCUAGUUCAGGGCCGUUGGUGGGGCUUCUGAGCACUAGUUUCUGUUUUAAAAGUUUUCCUGCAUAAGCUCGUGUUGCAAACGGGAAUCUUUGCUUCGUAGCUUUGCAGAUGGAAUUUUACGUUGCCCACAUUUGGCCAACAUGACAAACUGGUGUCUUUGUCAUGAAUGUGGAUGGACUGUUUUAAUUGUCAAUUGAGGAGAUUGGUUUAAUAACUUUAAUUUUUCGCAUAUGACACAUCUCAGGAGGCUUUACGUUUAUAUUAUUAUGUUUUGAUUGUUGCAUUAUAUUAUGUUGGCUUUAUUUGACAACACACCAUUUUGCAUUUUGGUAUACAUCAUUUGGAUGAUGCUUUUCAGAAACAAUUUUUAUUAAACUCCACGGAAAAUGCAUUUACUCGCCUCUCGUGUAUUUUG